AUGGCAUCGACGCAGGUGACCUCGGCAGAGGCCGCAUCGGCCGCAGCGGCAUCGGGGAUGGAUGAGUUUGAAGGCGCCGUCGACACUACCACCGAGCUCCCUUCACGGAAGUUGAUCAGCGAGAUUGACAACUUUCUUAUCUUCGACCGGUAUGGGAAGAGUUGCCGUUUCCGUAAUAUAUACACCGGGCCUCAUAUCGCGCGACGCGUACUGAACUGCCAACAAUACCUCAGUUCAAUCGCCAACUCCAUCACCCCAGCGGAUCUACUCAACGAGCCCCUGCUUUCCACCGCCAUCGUUGUUAUUGGUUGUGGAGACCCCGGGCUCAUCGCCAGCUACGCCGAAGAGUCCGGCUGCCCCUUCUCUAUUUUCACCGACCCGACAGGUCGUCUGUACGAGGCGCUCGGGAUGAUACGCACCCUUGGACUGGGCGACCGGCCGGCAUAUACGUCAAAACAUUUAGUCUGGAGCAGCAUCACAAGCGUCGGGCAAGGCUUGAAACAACUCCGUUCCGGGCUGGCGGGGAAGGGCGGGGAUAUGAAGCAGGUCGGGGGCGAGUUCUUGUUCGAGCCGCCUUUGGGGGCGGAAACUACGCCGCUCCAAUCGCCGGUGAUAGGGGUCUCGGGCGAAGGCGCAGACCAGGAGGAGACCGAUGCGGGGGGCCAAGAAACAGGGCCCAGUUCCGAACCCCGACCGAAAGCGGACGACAAAAGUAAUGUCGACGAGUUUGAUGGUGACGACAAGAUUGUCACUUGGUGCCACCGCAUGCGUACCACACGCGACCACGUGGAGGUUCCUGAGCUGAUGGAGGUGCUAGGGUUGAAGGGCGACGGGAAGCUGACGGGGGAUAAAGAGCGCUGGGAGCGUGCGCUCAAGGAGAGGUUGGGCACGGGAAAGCCACUUUAUGGCAGAAAUAGGACUAAGUUAAACCUUUCCGGGGGUGUAGUGGAUGCGGAUGGCAAUUAUGUGGUGAAGGUGGACAACGGGGUUGUGAGUGUUAAUGGUAGUGUGACGGGGAGUGCAUAG